CCCUCAUCCUCCUUCCACUUCGUCUUCAUCUUCGUCUUCGUCCACCUCCACCUCUUUCUUCUCCCUUCGUCGCCGUUUCAUUUAAUCGCACAUCGCAACACUCCCCGCUUCUACCAGGGGGCUUUUUGUCCUCGCCGUUUUCCUCUUCUUCUCCUCCGCUUUUCUCUAUACAGUAAUAAGACCCAAUUCAACACACCGUACACGACCGUCGCCGCGGCUUACAGUACAGAACAUCGUCGACUCAUUGUGCAGAAUCUCUGAUCGAGGCAACCUGGACGUCGAUCCCUCGCCCCUUUUGCGUUGCCCGACCGCCUAGACCCCCCGACCUGUCGUGUGUAUGUAGUGUAGCUGCGUCUCGAGCACAGAGCCUAUGUCACUUCCCUCUUCCGCCGUUGCCCUCCUCGCGCAAAGUAUCUCCUCGGUCAUAGCACGCGCAACUACCCCUGAUGCAGCGAUAGGAGUCGACUUGCCUCCUCCUCCGAACAGCGCGUCCACGGUACUCGCCACCACGGCGACAGCGAUAGCGGCGGCCGCAACCACGGCGAUGGCUUCGCCCCCGAAUAGCCAUGGCGGAGAGGGCGAGUGCCGGCUGCUAGGCUCCUUCGCCAUUCUGGUGCAGUUGGCCCUGGGCGGGUUGGCCCUACUCUCCCUAGUAUACAAGCGGUGGCGGGAGCGGCCUCAGCGGCCCGUCAAGAUCUGGUUUUUUGACGCGUCGAAGCAGGUGUUCGGGUCGGUGCUGGUUCACAUGGCCAACGUCUUCAUGUCGAUGCUUACGAGCGGCCGGUUUUCCAUUAAGCUGGACCCGGCCGUUGUGCAGACGGCCGAGCGGAUGCUACGGAGGAAUGGUGACGACUACGUCCCGAAUCCCUGUUCGUUUUACCUCCUAAAUCUAGGUAUCGACACCACCCUGGGUAUCCCGAUCCUCAUCCUCCUCCUCCGUCUCACUACCCGCCUCGUAGCCUACACGCCGUGGGGGAAGCCCGCGGAGUCGAUCCAGUCCGGCAACUACGGCAGUCCACCCAACGCCUGGUGGUGGUUGAAACAGUCGGUCAUCUACUUCUGCGGCCUGUUCGGCAUGAAGAUCUGCGUCCUCAUCAUAUUCCUCGUCUUUCCAUGGAUAUCCCGGGUCGGAGAUUGGGCACUGGCAUGGACCGAGGGGAACGAGCGCGUUCAGAUCGUAUUCGUCAUGAUGCUAUUCCCCCUGAUCAUGAAUGCGCUGCAAUACUACAUAAUCGACAGUUUCAUCAAGUUGAAGGAAGACGGUCAUGAGAGACUACCAACAGAGGACAGGGGCGAGGAUAGGAGCGAGCGGGAUCCUUUCGACGACGCGCUCGUGGACAGCUCCGACGACGACAGCUCCAUUAGCGGCGAGAGCAACGGGAGUGUGGGGCUCACGAGCUCCCUGACUCUCAAGAAAGUCGGCAGGGCGGUUCCAAACAAGGCCCGCGAGGAGUACGACCCGGAUUUAGACGGCCAGACGGUGAUAGGGAGCAGCAGGAGCCAUGAAGAGAGAGGGAGACUGCUGCCUAAGGAGUCGGACUCUCAGAAGUAACACGGAAUGCGUCGGUUUUGCGCCUGGAGAGGAGGAAGUCCAAUACAUGUAACAUUUUUGUCGGGAUAUACCGCACCCAUCACCAUUGAACAGGAUUCGGCACGCAUUGGAGCAUUAGGCCCGGAGAGGUAGAGAUAUGCCGUACGGAUAUAUAUACAUAUAUAUACACGGUCGACCUAGUACGGCAUAGGUAGUAGUGAUAUCGGCAAAGGCCCGUAGGAUUAGUCGGGCAACAAGUAAGUACUAGUCUUGCUCGGGAAGCCGCACGCCUACAUGGUCAGACUUAUGUCCGAGAGUGCGGCAGUAUGUGAUGAUUGCUGUCCGUGUGCGCUGUCCAGGUGCCCGGGUCUAGGUGGCCAUGUAGGUACGCCUAUAAGACGUCCGUCCACACCGCCCGUGUUGGAUUGCCCGACUUGUUUCUUCCCCCGUUUCUGUCGGCCGCGAGGCUGCGGCUUCGCAGGGGUCAGCUGGGCAUUAUAGGUCGCGGCAGUAAAUGUGUAGUUACGUAUAAAGACAGGCAA